UUUAUCUAGCUCCUCAAAUUGAUCCAUACUCGGAGACGUUCCAGCAGUGUUCUAUAAACUGGCUUUCCAAAGACGAAUCCCAAGUUUGCCAAAAUAUGACAGACUCCAGAGAUAUAUCUGUAUCUGGUGAAAGUAACAUCACUAAUAUUGGUGAUUAUGCAAACAUAACCAUUAUUCAACCUCCUCAAGAAGCCAAGCCUGCAGGUAGAGUUGCUAUUAGUAACUGCCAUGAGCCACUAUUUAGUUACUAUCCAAGGAGAGAAAUUGAUGAUAAAAUCAAGAGAAUUGAAAAAGGGAGACCAAAAACCUUGCAUGGAACUAUUGGAACAGGAAAAACAUCCGCAGCCCUGCAUUAUAUCAAUGAAAACAAAGAAAAGUAUGCUGUAAGUUGGUAUAUUGAUGUCUCUGUUGGUGAAGGAAGCAUAAUUGAUUUGUCAAAUCAACUUGCCAAAAAAGAUGUUCCUUCAACUUCGCUCCCAGAGGUUCAUGUUUCUUACCGACAGUUGUUUACAACAAUUAAAGAAAUAGCAAAAAAUAAAGAUGUCAUUUUCAUGUUAGAUAACGUAGAAAGAAAGCCGUCUGCUGAAUGGUUUAGAGAGCUGUGGAACAUUCGACAUUCCGUUUAUAUGAUCAUCACAACUAAUAAUCCUUCUUUAUCCAGUGAACUCCCAGAUGCAGAGGAGCUGCAAGUAGGAGAAUUUGAUGAAGCUGAAAAAUUUCUUCGUGAAAUUCGCGAUAAAAAUAGUAAUGAGGAUCUUUCAAAGCUUUGCAAAUAUUUUGAGUCGAAUAUUCUGGGUCUGUCAGUGGCAAAGGAUUACAUUUUAAGAAAUAAGAUGACCGUGAACAAGUAUUUAAAAUUGCUAAGUGAUAAAAAAGCAGCAGAGAUAGUUCACCGAACUGAGCUAAGCAAGAAUGAACGAACACUUUACGCAGGUGUCCGUGCGACUUUUGAACAAGUUGAUGAGGAUAAGCUAUCUGCACUAGCUACCAUUUCUUUUAUCUCUAUAAAGAUGAUUCCAGAGUUUUUUCUUAGCAGUCAGCUAUCGUCAGGCAGUUAUUGGGAAAACGUUGCCAUUCUAAAUGAUCUACAUGAUCAGCUAAAGUCACUGGUUUUAAUCACAGUAAAAAAUGACCUUCGCUUUUUCUCAUUUCAUUCUUUCACACAACAUGUCCUCAGAGAUAUGAUCGAUGAGUCGACUAAAUAUGAUCUAAUGUACAAAUUGGCUGGGAUUUUUAUUAGAUAUAUCGGUAAAGAUAACCGUUUUUCAAUGGGUGAUUUCCUCCAACGUACCGUUCGCGAGCAUGCAGAGAUUUUUUUGGGUGAAUGGGAGAACAAGGAGAAGAAUGAUCGUACUACGAUUGCAUUAGUUCGAUUAUCGGAGCUUGUUGGCUUCACAUACACCCAGCAACAGCCUCCAAUGCUACUAAAGCUGGAUUUUCACUUUCAACGUGCACGAAGGUUACUUCAUAAGCUUUGUGGAAUAACCAAGGAAGAUUUGAAACCUUCUGACGGGAUAGUUCAAAAGCUCGCUGGUCAAUUCAAAGGUCUUUUGUGGGGACAGUCGGUUGAAGAGAUGUAUGGUAUAACCAACGAUGAUUUGGUUGCCGCGAAUCAGUUGUUUACAAAACUGUUCUUGAAAAGUUCAGAACUAUCGCCAGAAAUAGUCAAAGAACUUGUUUUCUCGCGCACUGUAAACAAGCAAGAUCUUAGUAUUUUUCCUGGAGCAAUAAAGAGGAAUAAGAAGGUGCUGGAAACGAUUGAGUCAUCCCAACCGCUCUCGCCAGAUGACGUCAAGUUGUUCAUAAAGCAUGGUGCGGCUUACAGCGUUGAUGCCUACAAGCCAUUAUUUCUGCCAGAACUUUAUCUGUCAUUAAUUUACAGUUUUGGCCGAAACUAUUUCUACCAAAAGAGAGCAACGAUGAAAAAUCCAAGCUUCUACACUAAUCUUUUAAAGCUAGCCUAUUGCCUUUCAGUUGAGAUCAGCAAGAAAAUGAACGCCGACGAGUCUGUUUUUCACGAGUACUUGGUUCAGUCUAAUGCUCUUCUAUAUCUUCUCGUUAAUGACGACUUUCAUGAUGAAGAUGGUAAAUACAAGAAAAAAGAUGCCCAGGCCCACGCUAGGGACUUGAAGAAUGCGAUAUAUCGAUACCAACAAUUGAUAAAUGAAAAGAGAAAAUUUUUUGAGAUUGGAAUACUGAAAAAAACCGAAGACGACACGUACAGCAAGUUGAUUUGCUAUCAACAGAUUUUGAGAUGCUUCGACACGUUGUUAUCACUUCCAGACGUUGAAGAUCGUGAUGAACAUAUCAAUGUUGGCGUCAAACUGUGUGAUGAUCUCUUGCCAAUAUUGGAUGAAUAUACCGCCCUGGAAGACCCAAGCAAAGAGGAGCUGGUUCGAUAUUCAAGACAUUUGAACGCUGUUGGCAAGUUUUAUUUAAAUAUAAAACGAGAUGAAUGUUACUCUAGCGCGAUAAAUAUUUUCACCAUCUCCGCCAAACAGGCUGAAAAAUCCGAUCUAUCAUAUUUUCAUCUUGAAGCAUUAGUUUGCCUGGCAGAUAUUUUUUGCAGACAAAGUAAACAUCGUGACUCAAGUGAAUGUGUUAGAAAAUGUUACAGUACGGAAAGUCUCCGUGAAAUGUUACAUCAGAAGCCCCAUCUUCAAGAACAAAUCCAAAAAAUCAGUGAACAAAUCCGUCCACAGUGUUCAGAUGGUUCAGAUGCUAAAGCACCCAAUUUUUUUGAUGAUUCUGAUGCGUCUGAUAACGAGGAACAACCUGAAGAGGAAAUUGUUUUAAGGGGUGCAACUCAUGAUGAACCUCCAUUGUCACAAGAUCAUGUGAAUGAGAAUUCUCAACCUUCAUCAAGUCUUCCUGAUUCACAAAAUUCACAUCCAAAUAGUAACGCUGCUUAUGACGAGGUACAACCUAAAGAGGAAAUUGUUUUAGAAGUUGCAACGAGUGAAGAGCUUCCGUUGUCACAAGAUCGUCUGAAUGACAAUUCUCAACCUGCACCAAGUCUUCGUUGCUCACAAGAUUCACACCCAGAUAGUAACGAUAAAGCAAUGGAUACACACUUAUUAAUAUUAGCGGACAAGAUUCCUGGAGAAUGGAAAAAAUUGGCAAAAUUCCUUAAAGUCGGGGAUAAUAAGAUAGAAGAGAUCAGCUUGAACCACCCCGGGAAUGUAGUAUGGCAAGCCUAUAUGAUGCUAAAACUUUGGUGGAAUUCCAACUGUUAUCUCGCAAGACCUCGCAAUCACUGGCGUGAGAAGCUUCGCAGAGGUCUUAGUGAAAUUGAUAGAAAUGAUUUAGCGGAACGUUUUACUGGUGAUGUUCUUCAAACAAAUCAAUGAGGUUAUGUAUGUUGUUUAUUUUUGAAAUUUAUUGAUCAAUAGGUAGCUAUAAAGCAGAAUUACGUAGGCACACGGCCGAAUGUAAGAAUGCCUUGUCCGUGAAUGUGAUAGUAUCGUACUGCAUGUAUGAUAGCCGUAGUGAAUGUGAUAGUAUCGUACUGCAUGCAUGAUAGCCUUAGUGAAUGUGAUAGUAUCGUACUGUAUGCAUGAUAGCCUUAGUGAAUGUGAUAGUAUCGUACUGUAUGCAUGAUAGCCGUAGUGAAUGUGAUAGUAUCCUACUGUAUGCAUGAUAGCCGUAGUGAAUGUGAUAGUAUCGUACUGUAUGCAUGAUAGCCGUAGUGAAUGUGAUAGUAUCGUACUGCAUGUAUGAUAGCCGUAGUGAAUGUGAUAGUAUCGUACUGCAUGCAUGAUUACUGGUAAUGCGUUUUUCUUGUUUAUAUAUACGAUUGUAUAACGAGGAAUUGUUUUACUUGAGGGCAAUGUACCAUUCCCUAUUAAACUAAAUGAUAAACUAGGAAAGUUCAUCGGGGAUGUUGAGCAUCUCCAAACUAGUCUUAAUAGGGGCAGUAGCAUAGCCAACAUCGAUAAUUGGGAGGGGGGUGCGUAUUCAUAUAUUCAUGCAUGUUGUGUGUGACCAAUAGACAGAUUAAUCCAUCUCAGAUGUUGGGACCAUGGAAUAGCUAAUAAAACUUAACCAUUUCAGACCAUGUGACUUGAAAUGGGUUAAUUUGCAAUGAGUAACAAGCUGAAAAGGUCUAUUCCUUUUGAAAUCGAUUGAUUGGCCCCCAAUGAUCGAUUCUGGCUACGCCACUGAAUAGGAGAAUGACCUAUUAUCAUCAUCAUUCAUCUGAAUCAUGUAAAUUGUUUUAACUUUUUUGAAACCCUGUAUUCCCUUAUAGUCAUGUAUUCUUAAAGCAUUAAUAAGUUUUAGUGAAUUUUUGUUGUGUUUGUCAGAUCUCCAGACCAAUCAUGGGUGGGAAUCCCCGAACAAGACACCAAAAA